AUGAAGAUCUCUGUGGUCUCUACACUGCUCUUGGCCAGCAGUGCCAUUGCCGGCCGCAGUCCCCAGCAUGUCAACAAGAAGCUACCUGAGCGUAUGCGCCGUGAGCCUGCUGGUUUGCCUGCUGUAGGUCUGGACAAGAGAGCUGCGACAAAGAAAAAGCACCAUAUCAUUCCUCAGAACCAAAACACAACAAAGUACGCUGUCAAUGGCACCAACAUCCCCGAUGUUGAUUUCGAUAUUGGCGAAAGUUAUGCUGGUCUGAUGCCCAUUUCAUCGCAGCAGAAUGCUAGCGAGCUUUACUUCUGGUUCUUCCCCUCGGACAACGCUCAUGCAAGCGAUGAGAUUCUCAUCUGGCUUAAUGGUGGUCCUGGCUGCAGCAGUCUGGAAGGCCUGCUACAGGAGAACGGGCCUUUCCUUUGGCAGUACGGUACAUACGCUCCAGUCAAGAACAACUACAACUGGAACAAUCUGACCAAUACUAUCUGGGUCGAACAACCCGCUGGUACUGGUUUCAGCUCAAAGGGUAGCACGCCUUCUGCAACCAACGAGGAGGAGGUCGCAGAGCAAUUUGCUGGCUUCUGGAAGAACUUUGUCGAGACUUUCGGUCUGCGGCACAAGAAAGUCUACGUUACUGGUGAAAGUUAUGCUGGUUUCUACGUUCCUUACAUUGCCAACAACUUCAUCCAGAAGAACGACUCAGCUCUCUAUGAUGUUCAUGGCAUCAUGAUCUACGAUCCUUCGAUCUCGUACGAUGUUGUGUUGCAGGACAUUCCAUCCGUUCCCUUCGUUGACUACUGGGGAGGUCUGUUUAACCUGAACCAAACAUUCAUGGACGACAUUCACAACCGCUCUGAGAAGUGUGGUUACACUUCUUUCAUGGAGGAGGCUCUUACUUUCCCUCCCAAGGGUCUGCUUCCUUCCCCUCCCAAUGUAGACUACAGCAUGCCUGGCUGUGAGCUCUGGAACGACAUCUUCGCUGCCGCCAGUCUUGUCAACCCUUGCUUCGACAUCUAUCAGGUCGCUACCACCUGCCCUGUGCUCUGGGAUGUACUCGGUUUUCCCGGAAGCUUUGACUACUUGCCCGAAGGUGCUCAGAUUUACUUCAACCGCUCAGAUGUUCAAAAGGCCAUCAACGCCCCUAUGCAAGAAUGGGAGGAGUGCAGUUCUGGAGUCCUCGACACAGAUACCAGCGAAUACAGUUCGUUGAGUGUGCUUCCCAAAGUCAUCGAGCACACCAACAAUGUCAUCAUUGGCCAGGGCAUGCUCGACUACAUCAUCUCCUACAACGGAACACUCAUGGCCAUUCAGAACAUGACUUACAAUGGCGCACAAGGCUUCAGUCAGGGUCCACAGGCUUGGACUGACUUCUUUGUUCCUUACCAUUCUGAGCUCAGCCAAGGUGAUCUUGCCGGAGCUGGUGCCAUGGGCAAAUACCACACCGAGCGUGGUCUUACCUUUGCUACUGUACAGCUUAGUGGCCACAUGAUACCGCAAUACGCACCUUCGGCGGCUUACAGGCUCGUGGAGAAGCUUUUGGGAAGAGUCAAGACUCUCAGUACCAAGAGCGAUUUCACCACCCAGAAGGGCAACUUUGGCAACAACUUCAACUUUGUCACCGCCAAUGUAACCAAGUAG